UUCAGGGAAAGAGAAAGUGAAAGUGUAGCUGAGCUGUUGUGUGUUUGUGACUCUGUAUUUCUGCAGUAAAAUGGCAGAAGCCAGAUUUUCUCAGGAUGAAUUCUUGUGUUCAGUGUGUCUGGAUCUCCUGAAGGAUCCAGUGACCAUCCAGUGUGGACACAGUUACUGUAUGAGCUGUAUUACUGACUGCUGGGAUGAAGAGGAUGAGAAGAGAGUCUACAGCUGUCCUCAGUGCAGACAGACCUUCAGUCCAAGACCUGCUUUAUUUAAGAACGUGGUGUUUGCUGAAAUGAUGGAGAAACUGAAGAAGACUAAACUUCAAAGUGUGGUUCCUGCUGGAGCUGGAGAUGUGGAGUGUGACGUCUGUACUGGAAGAAAAUACAGAGCCGUCAAGUCCUGUCUGGUGUGUCUGGAGUCUUACUGUCAGAAUCACCUUGAACAACAUGAGAGUUGGUUUAAAGGAAAGAGACACAGUUUGAUUGAAGCCACUGGACGACUGCAGGAGAUGAUCUGCCAGAAACAUGAGAAGAUCCUCGAGGUUUUCUGUCACAGUGAUCAGAAGUUUAUAUGUGUGCUGUGUACAAUGGAUGAACAUAAAAACCACUACACUGUAUCAGCUGCAGCACAGAGGACAGAGAAACAGAAGCAGCUGAAGGAGACACAGAAGACGCUCCAGCAGAGAAUCCAGCAGAGAGAGAAAGAUCUCCAGCAGCUGAGAGAGACUGUGGAGUCUCAUAAGCGCUCUGCACAGACAGCAGUGGAGGACAGUGAGAGGAUCUUUACUGAGCUCAUCCGCUCCAUUGAGAGAAGCCGCUCUGAGCUGGUACGACUGAUCAGAGAUCAGGAAAAGACUGCAGUGAGUCCAGCUGAAGAACGACUGGAGCGACUGGAGCAGGAGAUCAAUGAUCUGAGGAGGAGAGACGCUGAGCUGGAGCAGCUUUCACACACACAGGAUCACAUCCAGUUCCUGCAGAGUUUCCAGUCUCUCUCAGCACCUCCGGAAUCCACAGACGUAAAUGAUGAUAUCUUCAGUUCUCUCAUCUCUUUUGAUGAUCUGAGAAAAUCUGUCCAUCAGCUGAGAGACAAACUGGACAAUUUCUGCAAAGAGGAGCUCAAGAAGAUCUCAGACAGAGCCACAUUCACCAACAUUGAUCACUGGACCAGGAAGGACUUCCUACAAUAUUCCCAUCUGCUCACUCUGGAUCUGAACACAGUGAAUAAAUACCUCCGUCUGUCUGAGAACAACAGAGUGAUUACUACCACUAAAACAGUUCAGUCGUAUCCUGAUCAUCAAGACAGAUUUGAUUAUUUUCAGCAGUUGUUGUGUAGAGAGAGUGUGUGUGGACGCUGUUACUGGGAGCUGCAGUGGAGUGGAGAUUAUUUGCGUUUAUCAGUGUCAUAUAAGAGCAUCAGCAGGAAGGGACGGGGUAAUGAAUGUUUGUUUGGAUCUAAUGAUCAAUCCUGGUGUUUGAUCUGUUCUCCUGACAGUUACUCAUUCAUACACAAUAACAAAGAGACUGUUCUCCCUCUAGAGUCCAUCAGCAGUAGAAUAGGAGUGUACGUGGAUCACAGUGCAGGAACUCUGUCCUUCUACAGCGUCUCCAGAAACACAAUGAGCCUCAUCCACACAGUCCAGACCACAUUCACUCAGCCGAUCUAUCCUGGGUUUGGGUUUAAUAGUGGAUUGUUUAUUCUUUGGCCUGGAUCAGUGAAACUGUGUUGAUGAAGCAGAAUAGACUGACGAGAGAUUCUACACAUAAUGCCUCGAGCUGCAUGAUAAAUCUGUAACAGUGAGAAGUGAUAGAAUCUCUUCAUAUAUUUUCACUACAUUAUGUUUUUAUUAACAAAGUUCGGGAAGAGUGCAUCACUACUUAGCCUAGUUAACAUAAGUGGAGUGCACUUCAGUUAAUCAACACCAAUAUGUAUAAAGUAUACAGCUGACUUACCUCUAUCCAUUAUCAGCAUUUUGGUUCGCGCGUCUGCUACUGUGUCUCAAAGACAAACCCCCUCUACGAUAUGAUACAGACUCUCCUCAGGUCACAUCACCACAACCAGCCAGCCCUAGGACUAUUACUCCCCCGUGUAGCACCGCAAUCAAGCCCCAGGCCCCAUCUCACGGGUGCUGUACGGCUCGAGCAGCCAUUCACAUCCCAAGAUGCCUAAGCAUACCCUCACCACCUCCGUCGAGAACCCCAAGUGACUCAACAGUGUCCUCCUACCGCUCGGCCAGGACAACGAAUCCGCCCAUAGGGAAGUGGAGCAUGUUGAGCCUGAGACAAGGGCUGACCAAAUCCGAUGUCCAGCCUAUUAUAUGACUUGUACACAAAUCUAACUUCUCUCCCGAGUCUAACCCAACUCUAAACCCCAAAGAUUCUAGCAAUAGCUAGGUCAACUCAUCUGUUAAUCACAGCCCCUCUGCCAGCCACUGUCAGUUCUGGGCCCACAGCCCAAGCAAGCGCUUGGCUGCACUGUCAAACACAGCACUGCCCCAAGUUCCCUUCAGCUCUUUCCUCCAAGUUAAAUCACAAUACUUGCUCUUCGCCACUACACCAAUUCCCGCCCCACCAUACGACACUGCCUCAGAUACUCCCCAAGUGGCUCAGAACCGAGUGCAAAUAUUAGCAGGUGUGGAUGUUAGUCUUUUUUCACUUCUUUCCCUCUUGCCCACUUCCGACUUAAACUGUAAAAUAGACUGGUGGGAUUUCUCAGUCACAUUAAAAAACCCAAGUCUCCUUUCAUCGACGACUACUUUCUUUUUCUGAGUUCACUAUUGCAUUCUGUCAGUUCGCAGAGAUCAUUUGUUCAGCCUUCCCCACAUAGGUGACGCAAACUCAAUGAUUACUUAUCAAUCAUAGCCACGCUCGCAUUGUCCUAUGGAGGGGGCAUUUCAGAGAGAGAGAAGUGUGUGUGUGUGUGAUCCUGCAUCCAUGUGUCUCUAUACAAACGUAAGUUUGUACUUAAGUUACUUAAAUAGUGAUAUUACCCCCUUAUUGCUGAUGAAUAUAAUGUAGAAAUUCAGUAUCUAAGCUAUUUUAUUAAUAAAAGUCAUGUGGCAGGGUCCACGACAAGUUUGA